AUUUAUGAAAGCAUGGCGGACUGAGAUCGAAAAUCGCAUUUUGCCGGCUUUUUACUUUGAUUUUCGUGACGCAUCCUACUGAAUUCAUAGUACAGUUACGAUGUACGGAAUUUGCAAGCAGAUCCACCCUCCCACUGGGAUUGAGCACAACCUUUACUGCAACUUCUAUUCUGUCAAGGAAAAGAACUUGGUCGUAGCCGGAGCAUGCCAGCUUACAGUGUAUCGCCUGAACAGAGAUAUUGAGGCCUCUUCCAAGAAGUUAGAGUCUGGUGUGAUUGAGAAGGUCAAGAAAUCCAAAUUAGAAUGUCUUGGCACAUACUCCUUGUUUGGAAAUAUUGCAUCUAUGCAGACAGUCAGACUUGCUGGAGCAACCAGAGAUGCCAUUUUGAUGAGUUUCAAGGAUGCCAAGCUUGCCCUUGUUGAAUAUGACCCUGGUACUCAUGACCUGAAGACAUCGUCGCUGCACUUCUUUGAAGAAGAGUUUAACAAGGGAUUCUGUCAGCACGUCUUCCUUCCUGAAGUUCGGGUUGAUCCAGAUUAUCGCUGUGCUGUUAUGUUGAUUUAUGGCAGCCAUCUCGUUGUACUGCCAUUUCGCCGAGAAGGAUUUGUGGAUGAGGAAGGAAAGGUCGGAGGGAGCAAGUCGCCUGUGUUGGCCUCCUACACCAUUGACAUGAGAAACCUGGAUGAGAAGAUAGCCAAUGUCAUAGAUUUUCAAUUCCUGCAUGGUUACUUUGAACCAACUCUACUCAUAUUGUAUGAGCCACUUAGAACUUGGUCAGGACGUAUCGCUGUAAGACAAGAUACCUGCUCCAUUGUGGCCAUCUCACUCAACAUCCAAGAGAAGGUCCAUCCAGUCAUCUGGUCUCUCAGCCACCUGCCCUAUGAUUGUCUUCAGGUGCAGGCUGUGCCCAAGCCUAUUGGUGGUGUCUUGGUUUUUGCCUCCAACUCGUGCCUGUAUCUGAAUCAGAGUUUCCCACCGAUGGGGGUAUCACUCAACAGCUUGGCUGAAAUCAGUACAAACUUCCCUCUCAAGAUUCAGGAGGGAGUGAAGAUCUCACUGGAUGGUGUGCAUGCUUGCUUCCUCACUUAUGAUAAGCUGUGUCUAUCUCUGAAGGGUGGUGAAUUAUACAUACUGACCCUUCUGGUGGAUGGGAUGAGAAGUGUCAGGAAUUUCAACUUUGAUAAAGCAGCUGCCAGUGUUCUUACAACUUGUAUCUGUCAGUGCUGUGAGGGCUAUCUUUUCCUUGGGUCCAGACUCGGAAACGCACUCCUGCUGAAAUAUACUGAGAAGGAUGCUCCUCCAACCAUUCCUGACUUGGAAGGCUCUAUGACAAGAAAGAUGCCGGAUGGACCGGCUCGGAAGAAACCGAGGUUGGAUACUAUGGGAGAAUGGAUGGCUUCGGACGUAUCUGCCAUCGACGAUUUGGACGAGUUGGAAGUGUACGGCAGUGAGGAGAAGUCUGGAACUCAGUUGUCUUCAUAUACAUUUGAGGUAUGCGACAGUUUGAUGAACAUUGCCCCAUGUGGCCAGAUGACCAUGGGUGAACCAGCAUUCCUCUCGGAGGAGUUCAGCCACACAAUCGACCCGGAUGUUGAGCUGGUGACCACAUCAGGUCACGGAAAAAAUGGUGCUAUUUCAGUACUUCAGCGGAGUAUCAGACCGCAGGUGGUGACGACCUUUGAUACUGGCGAACUCCCUGGCUGUUACAACAUGUGGACUGUGACCGGAGCAAAGCGAGAGGUUGAGACUGGUGAGGUCCCGGACGAAGAGAAAAUCAAGGAGGAUCAAAUGCACGCCUAUCUCAUUCUCAGUAGGGAUGACUCAACAAUGAUUCUUGAGACUGGCCAGGAGAUCAUGGAGUUAGACCACAGUGGCUUCAGCACCCAGGCCCCGACCGUCUUCGCUGGCAAUGUGGGCAAUGACAAGUACAUACUGCAAGUGUCCCCUAUGGGGGUCCGGCUUCUUGAAGGAGCAACCCAAGUCCAACAUGUGCCAAUUGACCUUGGCUCCCCGAUUGUGCACUGCACUGUAGCUGAUCCCUACAUCAUCAUCAUGAGUAGUGAGGGCGAGACCAUGCUCCUCAAAUUGAGAAUCGAGAUCGAUGGAGAGGUCAGGCUGGCCUUGCAGCGACCUCAGCUCUCACAGAAGUCGAAGAUGCUCACCGUGUGUGCGUACAAAGAUGUAAGCGGUCUUUUCACUACUGAAGCAAAAGAGGAGCAGUUGACAGUACCCACCUCCGAGGUCAAGUCAGCCAAACCUAUCGACACUUCUUUCAGUUUUGAUAAGAGUGCAACUGUUGAUGAUGAAGAUGAGUUACUUUAUGGUGAAACAGAUACAUCAGUCUUUGCCACCUCGGAAGAGGAACAGAAACCAAGUACAUCAGAGGGAGAUGGUACAGCUCCCGAGAAAUCUGAAGUAAUUCCAGUGACAUACUGGGCAGCUGUCGCCAGGGAAAAUGGUUUAUUUGAGAUCUACACAAUUCCAGACUUCAAACUCGUCUUCUUGGUCAAGAACUUCCCGAUGGGUCAUAAAGUCUUGGUGGACUCUGGAUCUGAAGGCAGCGCUAAAUCUGAUAUCAAAAUCCGUGAGAUGCCGGCUGUGAAGGAGCUGUUGAUGGUUGGGAUGGGAUACAAGAAUGCUCGACCAUUCCUUCUAGCACGUGUGAAUGAGAACCUUUUCUUGUACGAGGCCUUCCCCUACACUCACUCCCUGACAGACAACCACUUGAAGUGCCGCUUCAAGCGAAUCAACCACGGUCUGAUCCUCGGUGAGCGGAGAUGGAAAAAGAGGGCGCCAGAAGAGGAAGAGGAGAAUAUGAACCCAUCGCAAGUGUCCAUGCUGAGGGCGUUUGAUGAUAUCUCUGGCUAUUCUGGCGUAUUCAUCUGUGGUCCAUAUCCUCACAUCAUGGUGAUCACAAUGCGAGGGGCAUUGCGAUUACAUCCCAUGGGUAUAGAUGGCGCUAUAACAUCAUUUGCACCAUUCCACAACGUGAACUGCCCGAAAGGAUUCCUGUAUUUCAACAAGCAGGGUGAGCUUCGUAUCUGUGCCUUGCCAACACACCUGUCAUAUGACUCACCGUGGCCAAUCAGGAAGGUGCCUCUCAGGUGUACCCCACAUUUUGUCGUCUAUCAUAGGGAGAGCAAGACGUAUGCCGUCUGCACAAGCUCUGCCGAGAUCAUCAACCGGUACGUCCGCCUCCAAGGGGAUGAGAAAGAAAUCCAGGUGAUCGACCGUGACGACCGGUUUAUCUACCCGACCAUUGAGAAGUUCUCGGUGCAGCUCUUCUCGCCGGUCAGUUGGGAGGUGAUUCCAAACACAAAGAUUGACAUGGAGGAUUGGGAGCAUGUGACGUGCAUGGCAAAUGUGCCUCUGGUGAGCGAGGGCACAGUGAGUGGUGUCAAAGGCUACAUGGCUGUUGGAACAAACGUCUGCUAUGGGGAGGAUGUCGUCACUAGAGGCAAGAUUAUCAUCUUUGAUGUGAUAGAAGUUGUUCCCGAACCAGGACAGCCACUGACCAAGAACAAAAUAAAGAUUCUGUACAGCAAAGAGCAGAAGGGACCAGUCACUGCCUUGUCACAUGUCAACGGACUACUCAUAUCUGCUAUGGGGCAAAAGGUAUACAUUUGGUCACUCAAAGACAAUGAUCUGAGCGGUGUUGCAUUUAUUGACGCUCAGAUCUACAUCCACAACAUGAUCUCGAUCAAGAACAUGAUUCUGGUGUCGGACCUCAUGAAGAGCAUCACGCUGCUCCAGUACCAGUCAGACAUGAGGGUGCUCUCCAUCGUCAGUAGGGAUAUGAAGCCCCUAGAAGUGUAUGGUUCAGAGUUCUUUGUUGACAAUCAUCAGCUCGGAUUUAUAGUGACGGACAAAGACAAAAACUUGUUGGUCUACUCUUAUCAGCCUGAAGCACGUGAAAGUUGUGGAGGGCAGCGUCUGCUCCGAAAGGCCGACUUCAAUGUUGGAAGUCACAUCAACACACUUCUACGUCUCCGUUGCAAGCUGAGUGACCCGUCAAGUGACCGGAGGGCGUCAUCUUUAGUCGAGAAGCGACAUGUGACGUAUUAUGCUACCCUGGAUGGCGCGAUAGGCUACCUUCUCCCUGUUAGCGAAAAGACGUACCGUCGACUUCAGAUGUUGCAGGGCUUCCUGACCACCAGCAUAUCACACGUGGCUGGACUCAAUCCGAAGGCAUUUAGGCAAGUGAAGCAUGAUUUCCGUCAGCUGAUGAACCCGGCCAAGAACAUCCUCGAUGGAGACUUACUGUGGAAGUACCUCAACCUCAGCCACACAGACAAAAUGGAGUUAUCGAGGAAGAUUGGUACUACUGUGGACCAGAUCUCAGAAGACCUCAUGGAAGUCGAUCGGCUUUCUGCUCACUUCUAACACAAUCAUCGAGAGUUUUCAGUUGUAAGGAAAAUAUUAAAAAGACUUCUAAAUGUUUUUUAUAUUUGUGAGAAAAAAUUGAAAGAAGACUUGAACUAUGUUUACAAUUGUGUGGAAAUUCUGAAAAAGAAUUGGACUACUUUUAUAGUACACUUGUGAGGAGAAUCUGAAAAAGACUUUGAACUAUAUUAACAUUUGUGAGGAAAAUUGGUUAAAUGCUUUGAACAUGUUUACAUUUGUCAGUAAAAUCUGAAGAAUUAACUUGAACUAUGUCAACAGUUAGCAUUUGUGAGGGAAAUCUGAAAGAGACUUUGAACUCUGUUAACAUUUGAGAGGAAAAUUAGAUUAUCAAGUUCAUAUAGGUCAAGGCAGUAGUUUUUACUCAUUUUUAUCCGACGUUGUACAUUAAGCCUAAAAUAUUGACCUUGACCUAAUUCUUCAGUCUUACCCUGUUGUCUUUGGAGCAUUCCUGCUGUGUUUAUUUUGUCCAAUGGCGUACUGUAUGUAACUGUUGUUUUAUUUGACUGAUCCAUGCCAUGCGGCUGCUGGAUCUGAUUACCUUGGUUUAAGGAAUUGAUACCGAACUGGAGGUAUUGGUUGUCUCACUACCAAUUAGCGAGGGUGGAGCUAAAAUGAAGACCAAAACCUCAGCGUAGCCAAGGUUUUGGCAAACUUUUCAGCUCCACCAACGUGGUUUUGGCGAGACAAUCAAUGCAUGGGUAUCAAUUUCUAUUCUCCGCAACCCUAAACCAAAAUUGUAGGCUUAGGAUGAAAUCUUCUUUGACCUCAAGUUUUACUUUGAUGGUUCUGGAACUACAUAAUGAAUUUACCGCGUCACUAUUAAACUACCUGUAUUCCCAAUUAUCAUUGCACCACAGUAAUAACGUGAAUGUGGUUAUUGGUAUUUCCUGGUCUUGACCAAGAGGAAAUAUCCAGCCAAACACAAAUAAGUAAUGUUUUUCAUAUUCAUUUGGUUUGCUCUGUACCAUCGCUUUGUUAACCAUCCCAUAAUGUUGUCAGUCCAAGAAAUUAAAUAAAGC